AUGUUUCCUCGAAUAGUGCACGAGUCCGGUUUUUGGAGUUUUGAAAUCGAUGGCAUUGUGACAGCCGAUCUCAAAAAUGUUGUGCUAUCUUCGGAUUCGGAAUACAUUCCACCAGUUGCCAUCCAGGCUCGGCCACUUGCUGACAAAGUUGAAGGUGAGUCAUUAUUAGCUGUCUUUCAGGCCACAUAAGUUUUGAGUAGAAGACAUAAUGUCCUAUGGACGGUGAAUACCGCUUCCACGCUGUAAUUUCUUGCCUGCCUAGCUCAAGGCACUAGCGGAUAUUCACUCCAACAUUUUCGUGGAUUCCUGUAGGUUGCAGACCUGGGGUAGGAAGUGACUUGUAUACCAGAACGCAAACAGUACAGGGAUCCGAACCUAUAAGGUGUGCGGACACAUCAACGAUACAUAUCACUGUUUGUUUACCACGGAUUUUUUCGACCAAUUUACAGACAACUCUAUCCCCGGUUCAUAGUUUGGUUUAAACUAGUGGAUAUUUAUUACCCCUAAACGCUGUUUCUCCUGCUAUCCCUCGUCUACCUCCCGCCUCUGCCGUCUAGACAACAUUUUCCUUCGAUCAUCCGCUCCAUUUGUGAUAUGUCCAAGGCUCGAACAAAAAGGCGUCGACGUUGACUUCGUCUUUCCAGCCAGUAUUUUGGAUCAGUCUGUGAAGGUAAGACCCUAUACCAGAAUUCACAUUUACUGUGGUUGCACGUGGCGAAUCAAGAGCUUAGACUUAUGAUACGCCCACCUUUCAUUUUUCGGUUGUGUCUCUGUGGGUGUUGCGGUACGUGCGAUCCGCGACUCUGAUUUUUAGUCAAAGGCCAAAUCCACAGCUACUGCCCAGAAAUACUGCAUAACCAGGAACAGUGUUAAUUCACAUUUUAAUGUGGAAGAAUAAAAUUGAAUCCUACCGAUAGGGUCGUUUAAUGUGGCAAAACAGUUUUUUUUAAUUUGACAUGCACGGCUAACUGUUUAAUGUCCCAUAUUGGGGAACAGACUGCAUCCUAGUUUACACAAAAAAGAGCUUAAACUUGUCGAGUGCUACAGUGUGGUCUGCACUGCCGUACAGCCGUGCAAAUUAGUCCUUCUUUCGUUAUCAGACAACCGCUGGCCUUUUGUAUUCUAAGAUGCUUUAGAAUACAACGUUUUCAUUAAUUCUUGAGUUACUAGCGAAUGCGUAAAAGGCUUAUUUACAAAAUAACAGGGCAUAUGAAAGGGUUUAUUUGGAUUCCAUGUUUUUACUGCUCAGCUGUCUGUAGCCUCACGUGAUUUAGUGAUUUAUCCAUUCAUCCAAACAGGCACACGCUUCUUAUUAACGACAAAACAUUGAACUAACCUGUUAUAUCAGUUAAAAAAAGUUGAUUUAUUUUUUUUUCUAAGUAUGUCUUACAUACAAUCUGUAAGAAGAAAUUUCCUGAGAAGCCAUGCUACCCUAAUGAGCAUUUAAAUAGAAACGAAAGUCUUACCUAGUUGCAAAGGAUAGUUGAUAAGACACUAAACACAGGUGAUGGUAAUCCUUUGAAAAAUGCUACCAAUACUGUCCAUUUCACCUUAAAACCUGCACCUUAUUUACAAAGAUUUAGUCAACGGUUAUAGUAGCAGGACUUGUCCACGAACACAAGUUAUUAAAAUGUCUCAAGUCUGGAACCGAAGUUGUCGAACGCAAUAAAUUUGAAAGACAAUUUGACGAGCAUACGUCUACUUCCGAUAGAUUCUCCUCAGGCCUGUACAUUUAUAUGUUUAUUGAAGUAAUGAAUUAAAAAAUACGGGCAAAUAGAUAAUUAUGCUAUAGCUCGGGUCUAGAUAGGGGAGAGGGGGAGCAAAACACCACAGCACUUUCCCCCCUCCUCUUGCCUCCCUAAAUUAUCUUCUUGACCGUAUCUUUUGAUUCCUCACUUCAAUAAGCAUAUAAAUGUACAGGCCUGAAGAGAAUUUAUCGAAAGCAGACGUGUGCUCGCCAAAUUGCCUUUUGAAUUGUACAGCGGAAGUAUCCGUAACUCUAAAACGAACGCAAUAAAGUUAAAAAUGGUGGUCAUCUAUGCGACAUAUACCACUUUGUACACUAACUCGAAUGUGUGCAGUUUUGUCUACUUACCUGGUCUUUCAAAGUGCUUAUUGCAGCCGUUCAGUUAAUUUCUUAAGUUUUUGAAUUUCUUCUCCCGUCCAAUAUAAUGAUUCGAAGGAAGUCCUCAUGUGCAAUGAUUUACCGUACUAACCACACAGGUAUUGGGCUUUUAGCUAAUACCUGUGUUGUUAGUACGGUAAAUCACUGCACAGUUCUAUACUACUGGCUGCAUGUUGGCGGUUUAUGAAUAUUAAGCGGAUAUUCCGCAGUAGCUGGUGGAUUUCAGCUCAAAUAUUCAUAUCAACUUUUGGACCGUGUCUGAAAGCGCCCGUUUCGAAAGAUUCACUCCAAGUGCGCGCAUUAAUUUCCUCGGGAAUUAAACAAGGCAAGACGUCUUCAUGAUAAAGAGAGCAGGGAUAUAGUGUUGAAUCCUCAGAACAGGCAUGCUUGUUUUCACAGCGCUAGAUGAAUGUAUUAUUUGGAGAGACAUCAUUGUGUUUUCGAUAUUCAAACUACGAAUGGGUGUUUAUUUCCCGAAAACCAGUUUUUCGGAAAAAUCGAUCAAAAAGCACUUAGCAAAGGAGCCAUCAAUAAGUAUUGGUAUGCCACACAUACACGUACUUUCAUGCAACUUGUCUGGGAGGAGAUUCUGAUUACUGGCUCAUGUUGAUAAAGAAGUUGCACGUUUUCGAAGUCAUGCUCUCUGAAGGAAUUAUGGGCCAUUCGGUAUGUCCACUUGGAUGCUACACACGAAAGCUCACGAAUAAAGGAAAUUGACAAGAACCAAAUGCACAUGGAACGCUGACAUGGAGUUUGUCAUUGCUAUUUGGAUCCGUUUAUAGUUUUGCACAUGUGUUGUACAGUGGGUGACCUAACUCCUGAAAACUGUCGGAAUUUACGAGUACUUCCUUACCAUCCGCAAACCGACACGACUGUGUGAAUUCAAUAUCUCCGUUAAUAAAAAAAAACAAAUUUAGAAGCGUUAAAGGCAUCGAAUAAGCAUUAUAGGCAGUGCUGCGUUGUUUGAAAAUGCCAAUGUUUUUAGAAAAACGCAAAAUUCCGAAAAAGGCAAAAAUGGUUGAAAUAUAUCAAACUUUAUUUUUAAAUGUGCGAAAUGUCUACUCAUGCAAAAUAUUGGAUAAAUAAAAACCACAAAUAGAAUAACUUUAGAGAAUAUUUUUGCAUUGAAUUUUGCAUUUGGGUAUCCUUUAAGAAUUAAGUCAAUUUCAGGUAUGGUGUUUUGCCAACAGCCCCCAUUCUGAGCAUAGAGUCCAAGGCAUUUUUCCAGGGAAUCGUCUUGUUCCUCAUGCUUUUGAAUUGACUUAGAUUGGGUUCAAUAAGGGAAGCAAGGUUCUUCUUGAUUUCGCCGAUAAGGACAUCAUAGCAAAAAAAGGUUUCAUAAGAUCACAUGCCACCAAGCCAAUCGGUGACUGACAAAUUUAGAUAGAACUGUCCAGUGUUACCGUAAAAAUGCCAAUUUUUGUUUGUGAGGUCAGCUUUUCGCCCGUAAAAGUAAUUCGUACUUCUCGUUUGUUCUGUAUCACGUUGAGUUUUAGAGUGACCCUGAAAUAUCGCUGGAUACUUUAAGAUUUGCAAUAGGUUCAUUCGAUUGCCCGUAGAGACUGAUUCUUUAUUAUGUAAAUAUUAAAACCUUUAACAUAAGGUACCGUCUGAAAGCAUUUACCUACGUGAAGUGUUUGGACACAUUUUUUAAUGUAAAACGUCGUCUGGGUCAUAUUUGAAGACCCACGAAAACCCACAAACUGAGCGUCCACAACAAAUGGCAAUAACAAAUAUGCUUUCAGUCAAUUAGAAAUAUUUUUUUAAUAAGUUUCCUUUUCAAGAAGUGCUUUGAUACUUUAUUCCUCUGGCAGAUGUCUGCGUAUUUUAGUUUUUGUAGGAUGAGGCUAAGAAAAUAAUUGAUACUUUCGGCCGUUUCUUUCAAGUUGCCGAAAGUUACCGAUAUUUUUCCGCCGAAAACGUGAGAACAUGCCGUUUUCUUUCUUUAUUUUUAUUCUCUUAUUUAACUACCACUUAGGUAUCGUUUUAUGUGGAUUGGAACAUCCAAUGCGAAAUUGGCGAACAUCCCAUAAGAAGAUGCGGUAUGAAAUUUGAGUGUAUCAUGCGUUCUUGGUAUGCUAAUUUUGUCAAAAUCUGCCUAACCAGUAUUGCAUUCACUGCUGUAGAAAACGAAGUACAUGACAGUGCGCGCUCAAUGCUGACGGUUUCCCUUCACGUUACGAGGUUUCAAGCCCCAAGCAAGCGCUACAGAACUGUGCGUGCAAUCGUUGUCCAAGGAGAAACAAAAAACAUCCUAACAAAAAUUGUUGACUUUGGUUCAAGUGAGUCUUCCAGUUUUGGCAUUGUUCCAUAGCAUGAUCCCAGGAAACUUUGCAAAUAUGUUACGACUGGCUAGCUCUCACAUUCGGACCAAAACAGAAGAGAUGCUUGGUAUAAAAAGAUGACCAGGAAUGCCUUUAAAAAUAAUAGUGCUGGUUGGUAGGCAGAACAGGAAAAUUGCGGCUGUGGCAGAGCCUGUGGUUAAGUGGACUUUAAAAUCCAAAUGCCUUCCAAGAAUAGAAGCGGUAGACGGAACUCGUAACAUUCCAAGUGACAAGGCCUACUUUAUGCGGCUCUCCGGAUAGUAGAGAUUUUGAACUAAUGGGUUGCAAAUGUCGUCCAUUUGGAAUUUUAUUGAGAUUGCAGUACUGUAACGGCAUUUACUGGUCAUAUAGUCUGAUCUUCAUUGUUUGUUUUAAACGGACUGUCCUCAAUUGAACUUUAAACUGAAGGAUUAUUUUUAGGAAUACCCGUCACCAUGUUAUAAAUUUCUUAUUUUUUGCUCAAUUUUUGGUAUGGGAAUUUAGAUUUUCUAGAAUUAAAUGGACAUCAUAAGCAAAAUAUUUAACAUUCAGAGUUGAAAUAACAGUGUUUUUUAAGCAUUCGUCGAGGCUGAUACCCUUGAAAGUUACAGCCGAUGAACUUGUCAUACAGAAACUUGUGCCUACUUGAAGGCAGAGGAAAAGAAUAAAAAACUACAAAUGGCAGGUCUUGCAGUCCAAUAAAAAGGAGUCUAAUUUAAGGCACGCUGUAUCACGCGAUGUUAACAAAAGUACACAGAAAGGGGGGCUGUCACGAGCCGGAAUAUUAAGUAAAUCCAAAGCACCACAGUAAAACACCUAAAUCCUAGUACUGGACAGCAUCAGGUGUCACUGUUGUUAGUCUUAUCACUGUGCACCAGAUUUUAAAAGACGCAAUUUUUCAUUUCGUUGUAAUUUUCUCCGCCUUCUUGGUUGUUUUUCAUUUGCAAGCUGUCUUUCUCCGGCAAGUAUUAGUACAAUUACUCACACGCUUAAUUUUGUUACGCGUUUUUGCCUAUUGUGGUCCACGAAGAGAAUACCGAAUUAUAAAUGUAAUCGGAAGGAUUGGUUUUAUUGACGCCUGCCUGAGACAAUAUUAUUAUCAACUACACGUUAUUACGUCUACCACAUGUUGCAUUGUGAGCAAAUAAAACUUGGUUUUCGGCUUAUGUUUCUGUAGAAACCUUGCAUUGCUCUUGACUUAGAAUAUUGUUCCUAGAUUGAAGAUGGUCAGUUACAGUUGAGAAAACCUUUUAACAGCAACGGCAAAUGGUGCUACUACAAUUUAUUACGCUUCCUACAGGCCUCAGUCUUUUAUGUUUGUUGAGAAGCACUGGAUUUCUAGCAAAGGAAACGUGGCAUAGGGUUUAAUUUAUUGAGCAAUCCUUUCACUGUUACCAACUUGGAAUUUUCCUUCCAGAUCGAAGAUAAUAAGUUGUUUGUGGUGAAUCCCUCUGUUAGUAGUCAGCAAUAUUUUUCCAUUGGCCUUAUAUAAAUGACCUCAAAAGAAGAUAAAUCAUCGCCAACUUCAAGGGGACAAUCAGUGGUUAAACUUUAACUGUACUCAGUAAAGAAGAUCAAAUACGUUGCACUGAUCAUUUUAGAAAGUUAAUUUUCAGCAAAGCCAUUGCAUGCAUUCUGACAACGGUAAAGUGGUUUAAGUAGCAAGACGAUCUCGACUCAUCAGCGACUACUCGGAGUUGUCUGCGUGCUCGAACACUGAGUCAAAAACAUGUCGCAUGUAAUUUAUUUUUGCCAAAACAUGCCAAACAAAACUGCCAUUGUAAGAUUUUAUUUGGUUCGUGGGUUCUCGGUUAGUCGUGCUCUGUGGAGCCUUAGCUAAGUCCCAUUUGCAGACUCGACCAAAUAUGCAUCCUUAAAGUCGAAGGCGAUAUAUGUCCUCAACAAAGACAUGUGAGUAAUAUGCUCUCGAGGAGAUAAAAAAAUAUUGUUGUAAUAGGUUUGCCCGUUUAAAGUUGUUUUGAAAGCAUAUGCUGCAAAUGGAAGAAAGUGAAAUGUCGCCCUCCUUCCUGCAAUCCCCGGUGUUUCUGCCUCAGAUGGCCAAACCUUGUAUCCACGUAUUCAAGUCAAUUUGGUAUUCUUGCCUGAUGUUAGACCGCACAGGAUGGCCCUGCGAAUGUUACAAUAUCUUUAACAUAGCUAAUUUGGCAUAUUUGUCUUUCUUGGUUUUUUUUCAUUCAAAAUAAGCCGUAAAAAAUGCUUACCAAUUAAGAAGGACUAAAACUACCAGACAGGGUUAGUUUGUUUGGGAUUUCCCCUAAAACGUUUAGAUAUACAAAGGCAUUGUGAGUGUAUUAAGGCAAACGAGAUUCUUACUGGUAUUGUCAUGAUUUUAGAACAAAGUAGUUUAAAGAGGCUGUCUCUGUUUACCUAAAGAUCAAAAAGAAAUAAUAUGGUAACUCGCAGCUGCAUGAGUGGAGGCUAUUUUUGGGCCGUUUUUGUUCCCUUACUGUUCCCAUUGCUUAUAUGCAGAUGUUGGCCUGGGAAGUUGAUAAUAUCGGAUCUGCUGCGGUUGUAAAUACACGUUCUAGUUAAUUACAUAGUCUGAAGAUAUUUUCCGUUCGAGAAGACUGUAUCUUACCUAAAACACAAUAAAUUGAGCCAUUGCAUGUCGUUAGUGCGUUUUUGGAAAUAAUAUACCCGUGGCGUCGAGGUCUGAGCGAUUUUCUGAAACGUUUGUAAAAUUUCUUUGUGGAACGUUCCCACUUGCAAACCGCAUCCGAUGUCACACGUUUUUAGUAGUAGUCCUGCUUUUUAACAUGCGCUCUCAACAUCUUUUCGUUUGCUCAAAAUUUUAAAUGGCCAUUUGAUGAUAACUGGGGCAGAGCUGACGGACAUUUCGAGAGAGACCUGGUUUCUAAAAAUAAUCACUUUGUUCGCAACCUGUUUCUUGGGGUUUUUCAAGCCCAAGGUGCCAAUUUUGAAGUGCGCCAAUUCGUGGUUGGCAAAACUUCCGAUGUCUAAUGAGAGGAGAAGAGGAUCGAAUACUCAUACCGAGGCUAGGAUAGCUAGCAAAUGGGAAAUUGCCCGAAUAUAGGCUGAAGUGAUUUCCGUUCAAACUUAUAGACACUUUAUCUGAUUUAAUUACAUAGACACUUUCAUAUGACAAAAGAACUAUCUUCGAAAUAGGUCAGAUGAAUAAGCAAAAUACUUUACACUACAGACGACAAAAAACUAUCCUGUCAGUUCUCGCUAUCACCUUUCAUAUGCUGUUGGUGACGAGUCUAACGAGUGCUUGCAUAAAUAAAAUACCUUCUGUAAUUUAAUCAGCUUUGGGUGAUCCACCGAAGUACCAGCAUCCCGAACUAUGUGCAAACCCACGAUAAACCCCCAAUUUCACGAAGCCGCCCCAGGUCUGUCGAAUAAAGCGUCUCCUCGACGAUAAGUAAACGUUAGCCAAGUGAGAAUACAAAAAUCGUGCAAAAAAAUGAAAAUCCGGGCAGAAAUAGCAUUUUCCUAAGGAAAACAAACAUUCGAAAUAUAGUCAAACGUGCUAAAUUAUUGAAAUUGAUUUUUAGUGCGUGGUAUUGAUGCUGUGCGGACGCCUACUUACAGUGAAGGCAGCAUGAAGUCAAGAAAAAAGACCAGCCAUGAUCUUUAUCUUGACACAUUUCCCCAAAUUUAGCGUAUAAUGCAGUAGUCUACGAAACCAGCUACCAGAUGUUUGAAAGGUUUGUCAUGGUAGACCUUUAAAAUUUUAAUGAGAACCUUCCGCCUUUCGUAUUACUUAAUAUGUGGCGGACUCAGACAUAAAUGACAUUUCGAUUUCAUGGUUGGUGAUCAACAAAUUUCUGACUCUUCGUGAGGUCUUGUGUUGACGGACCGUUCAGUGGUCGGAAAACAAAGUAAAACCAGCAGAUGUGGCGGCCAGCGAACAUUUGGCUGUGUUCCAGUUGUAUUUUUUUUUAUUUCAUUAUCCUAAACUUUCUGAAUACGUUGAAGCGUUUCGUUUAUCAGGAGCUCUUUAAUUGUGAUGGUGAAUUCUCGGAGAUUUUUGCGCCCUUUUUCUCUUAAGAGCUGCGAAAUUCGCUAGGCCUUAUGAGCGAAACCGUAUUCUGAAGUGGUCAUGUAAUGCGUAAAAUGUAAAAUUUCCGUAGUCCAUAUACGUCCGCCGGUCACAUGAAGUGCCGAACUCGAAGUUCUGAGGGUAUGUUUUCGGAAUGAGUUUUUCGGGUUUAGGAGCCGAGACAGUUCUAGCCAUUAUAAGCUAGAUGUCUCAUUGGAGCUAAGUAUAUGCGUUGUCUAAAAUGAAGCCUAAAAUGAUGUCACCGUGUUCUCCCCCCGUUUUAGCCCUAUUCAGAUGCCUUUUUUGCAGUUUGAUGCCAUUAUGUUUUUACCGUAGUUUCACCGUUUGUUUAUAGAUAUGUUUUAGUGAUGCUUUGCAGACAAAGCAAAUAUUACUGUAAAAGUAAUUUGAAUUCAGUGAGAGCCACCAGUGGGACACAUCAUCCGUCUGUAGCGGCAAAAGUAUUGUAUUUGCAUGAAUCAUUAUCAAUCACCCAAUAUCAGAACUUUUCAUAUUCACUUUCUGUCACCGGUUUCUAGAGUAAGCUUAGUUUCCGUCUGUGUUUUCAGCUGUAUGGGAUCCGAUAUGCAAUACAUACGACGGCACGUUUUCUUUCGCUGAGGAACCAACGGACAUAACGGCGUACCUUCCAUUUAAGCCGCAGGUUAGUCGCAUGCAAGCCUAAAUAAUGCACACAUUUUAAAGCAAAUAUCAACAAAACUAUUCAACAAAAAAUCUGCCACUUUAUAUUUCUUUGAUAAAGACAUUGUGAAUGCAUUUUUAGACAGUCGUGAUCGGACAUGCUUACACCUUUACCAAAAAUAAAUGUCAAAGUGAAAAUGAAGUCCUUCAGUGUAAGCUGACUAACGGUACGUGCCUCAUAUAUGCAGAAGUGAUAAAAGUGUCACAAGAGUCGUUCGAUAUUGCUUAUAGUCCUUAUUGCUGGCACGAAUUGUUUUAUAAAUUUCAUUUUAUCCUAGGAUAUUUAUUGUGUUAUAAUGCAGAAGUGGUAUUAAGAUUCUAAUAACCAAGGUUAAUUAAUACGUUGAGCAAUUUCUUUGGAUGCUUAGUUCGGUUAAACAUCCAACAGAGAGAUGUUGGAGGGUAUCAAGGAAAUAAUUUAGAAUUUCAGUCGAUUCAGUCAAUUUCCCGGUUGAGCUCCACAAGAGUCUAAGCGAGAGGCCGUCGGUCUAACGACAAGAAUUCAAUCCUGCCUAACAGGAAGCCCGUUAGCGUGUGCAGUAAUGGCGUACAGCGAUUUUAACGAAUCACGCCAAUCAAGAGUGCGAUGUAAUUAGAAAACGAGAAAAAUUAAAAGGCAUUUACACAUACAUAAAAUAAAGUUCCUGGCUAUCAUCCCUGUUACAGCAAACACUUUUUGCUUGUUUCCAGUUCCGGGAUCGAAUAUAUUCAAAUUUGAAAUCUUCAACGUCAGCAAAAGGGACAUUCAAACUAUCCGCUUCGAUAACUCAGAUGUCGAAAGUCCACAGUUCUAUAUUCUCUAUCGGAAAUUGCUGACCAGUCUUCCACAAUGUGCGUUAAACAUGCUGUGCAUUGACCUAUGUAUAAAUAUGCAAUAGCGCUAUUUUUCAAGAUGUUUCUGGUCGGUAGUUGAAAGUCACUGGCCAACGGACGCAAAGAGUUUAUGAAUUUAAGACGAUGUUUGCAGAGCUGACUUAGAAAUUUUUACUAUACAAGCAUUAGCUACAACUUUCUACUGAAGAAUCUUCUAUUAUUUAUUAGUAUAUGACAAUUUGUAGUUAUCAGGGGUCGGAUUUUAUCUGAAUUUCAGGGGCCAUAUCCCAGUUUUUUAACUCCGAAUUUGUUAAAUUAUCGUCCUAUGCAUAAAGUAUGUGCCUGAUGGUUGUAUAUACAGGCCGUAUUGGCUGCAUCGAUAAUCGAUUAUAUUAAGAGUAUUGUAUCUGAAAGUAUGUAAUCUACCAUGGUGUUUAGGUUCAUUCGUUAGAGGACAUACUUCUAAUUGAAAUACCUAAUCUGCAAUUGAUAGGGAGCGCGUCCCGUUGGACUCUCUCGAGCCUAAAUGGCAGCCGUACAGCGGCGCGAGACAUAUGCAAAAUAGCACUACUAACAAAAACAAGGAAGAUUCGAAUGGCCCUUCCGGCCUGUUAGCCGUCGUCAGCCAGUCAUGUUUACAUUUCUGGGUUGGGUAUUGUUGGCUGACGACGGUAAAUAAGGCAGAAAUGGCUAUCUCCGUCUCCCUCGUCUUUGUCAGUUAAGCUAUUCUGUCCUUAACGUGCCUACCAAUCCUCGAAAUUAAGGUCUAUCUCGUCUGUUAAGCCAAUGUCGUUUAGCAUGCAACGUAGUGCGUUUCCCCACUAAUCUCCCACAGUGUGAACUCUGGCCGGUUGCACUAAAUCCCUCUCAGUCCAUACAAACCGAUGUCGUCUAUCGUCUGGCAGAGGUAAUCAAUGCUGCUUCAUAUUUUAGUCCUGUUUUCACCGGAAUUCUCCGCACCAUUUGUGCACUGUCCACCACCAUCCUCAUACUACACCGACGUCAGUUGCACGACCUUCCACAAACAACCGUUGGUAAGCCAAGUGGGUCCGUUUAAAUUAAUCUCUGCUUUAGACACAAAUUCAAACCUCUAGAGGAUGGCAUUAGUGUGUCGACGACUUCCUAAACUGCAUAGCCGUUGCCCUAGUUAACUCGCAUAAAGAUGGAAGCGCGACUUCUGAGAUAAUGCACUGCUGGACAAGUAGACCUACGCGUUAGUAGAGUCCGAACUUCGACUUAAUGCUAGCCAACCAUAAUAUCGCUCUUGGUAUGUUUAAAAAAUCGUGACCGGCUUCAAGGGCAUAUUUUGACGUGUUUGCGGUCUUCGAUUUGCAGAAUGUUUUGUUAGCUGUGGACAAAUAUAAGACAUUUGUUCCUUCUUUAGCUCUUCUUUGUUCUACCUGCAGUUGGCAGUUGUUAACUCAACUUCGUUGUAGUCUUAGACAAGGUGCAUCCGCAAAUUCUGACAUAUGAAUGGAAACGCUUUUCGUUUGUUGAUUUCCUGUUUUUAAAAAAUAUGUUGUCGUCCUAUUCGAAGACCAGAAACCUCCCAUUGAUGCUUAUCUGUAAUCAUGGUUAUCCUUACGCAAUGCUAUAUUUUUUGAGGAUUUGACGGUUCUCAGGGGAAACACUGUUCUUUGUGACGCGAAACAUGCCGGCAGUCCAAAAUGCCGUGAGUAACUAUGAAAGAAAGUGAUUUUUUUCUUUUGAUUUCACUAUAGGUUCUAGAGACACCCAGACUUUCAUGUGGGUGGUGUCGUCGCAUAUUUCACACUUUGAAUCUGUACCUGUCCAUCUGUUUCACAUAUUUCUUAGAUGUUCUGUUAAUCGUACUAGUCACGCCAAUGGUGUUAAAGCAUGACAUAUAGACAGAAAUAUGCCAGGGACAUCAAAAUAUCUUUCCAUCUACUCAACUCAGCCACUUAGGCAAGAACUCGUAGAAUUAAUCAGAUUUUGACGCUGGACGACUCGGAGUUUAUUUAAAAAAUCAAAUGCAAAAUAAACAAAUCUUUAAGACCGCCCCUCUCUUUUCCGGUUUUCAUUCUUCGCAGUCAGAUCUAAAAAGCUAGUAGGCUUUUAUCAUACUCAAUAACUUUCGCAUUCUUUUAUAAACAAUCAAAAUACAAACGUUCUGGGAUUGGGCCUUUUCUUGAGUGUUGGCAUACAGCUGUGCUUAGCUGUCAAGUUGCAAAAACACAUGCGACAACGGUCCACCGACUCAGACUGCAGAACAGAAAAAAAGACAAAGGCGAUAAUUUCGCCCAGAGGUCGGAGGGCUUGCAUACUAGGAAUUAUGCCGAUCUGGGAAUUAGUUGAACUUUCUACAAAGAGGCCUUCUGAGUGUGGGCUUCCUUAUUUGCCAAGUUGGACCGUCAAUUCCCGGCCCAUUGGGUUGUAUUUAAGCUGAUCAGAAGAAGAAGCGAUCGCUGGAACAAUGGCUUUAUUCGCCUGACGUUUCGGAUUCUCUCUUGAAUCCAUCAUCAGAGACAGUUGCAGAAAAGGGUGGCUUGUGUACAGGAAGUCGCAGUAUUUAUAGGAUGCGGUCGCCAUGCUAUCGCAUACCUACAGCAAUUAACCGUGCUCACUUCAUCAAGGAUUGUUGCCCGCUGGUGCGCUAAUUGCUUGAUGGCCGGCAUGCAAGUUGUUAAUUGCUGACAUCUCAUCACCCGUGUUGGAUGCUGGCGUGAUGAUUGCUCGGCCAUCUGGCUCACGUGCUUGCGCGCUCCUUGAGUGGUCAAUAUCUUUGGCCAGUCUAUGCCUCAGGACAGAAUAUGGAGUGGGGAUGUCGUUGCACUUGUUGAUAGACUGAGGUCCCGUGAACCAUGACUCAAGCAACUCGCGGCUCACGCGAUUAUCCCCUCUCGCGAGAAUUUCGGCAUCAUCGAACUUGAAUGUGUGGCCGGGUCUCGUCGAAUGGGCCGCGACCUGAGAGUUGGCGUCAUUUCUCCGUACAGCUGCCACGUGUUCGGCGAUUCGCGUCCGGAGCAGUCUUCCAGUUUCUCCGACGUAGUUGCUUUGUCCGCAACUGCACCAGAUCCGGUAAACGACUCCAGAUGUUUCUUGCCGUGGCAGUGGGUCUUUUGGUCUCAUCACUUGACGCCUCAUGGUGGCCUCCGGUCUGUACGCAACUCCAACCCCGAGACCGUCCAGCUACUCCUACGAAACAAAUACGAUGAAACGGAGAAUCGUCUCGGACAUGCCCAAGUCCUUCAGCUCCUAAAGUUCUGUCUCAGGACGUACUUCACGUUUGACGGAACAAUCUACGAGCAAGUGAAAGGAACACCAAUGGGCUCGCCGAUUUCGGGAUUCAUCGCCGAGGCGGUGCUACAGCGGUUGGAGUCGCUGGUCUUCCAACACCACAGACCGAAAUUCUGGGCUCGGUAUGUGGACGAUAUCUUCGUCGUCAUCGAACGGGAUCAGGUGCUAACGUUCAAAGAACGUCUCAACAGCGUCUUCCCGGACAUACAAUUCACGAUGGAGGAGGAAGAGAAUAACGAGCUGGCAUUCCUUGAUGUCCUCGUCUGUCGCAAAGAUUGUGGUGGCCUAAAGACCAAAGUGUUCAGAAAAGCAACGAACACGACGCAAAUUCUGAACUUCAACAGUAACCACCCAAUCUGCCACCAACGCAGUUGCGUAAGAACGCUAUUUCGGCGUGGUGAGACGCGCUGCAGUGAACCGGAAGACAAGGUUGCCGAAUCCCAAUAUCUUUGACGGGUUUUCAGAGAAAACGGUUACCCGCGCAACUUCGUCAACCAGUGCCUGCGCAAACGAGACGAUCGACAAAAUCGUGCCGACCCCAAAUUCUGGCGAGCGAUCCCGUACAUCAAGAACGUCUCCGAGGCCGUUAGCCGCCUUCUUGCACCACUUGGGGUUGGAGUUGCGCACACCUUUUCUGCAACUGUCUCUGACGAUGGAUUCAAGAGAGAAUCCGAAACGUCAGGCGAAUAAAGCCAUUGUUCCAGCGAUCGCUUUUUCUUCUGAUCAACUAGUUCCUGGAACUCGCAUUUUCGCUUGUAUUUAAGCUUUACAGAACGUGAGGAUGAUUUAUUUUUCAGAAGAUACUGGGUACGUUAAUCUUUCAGUCACCUAUGCAGUGUCAAUUCCAGUUAGGAUUUUAAUCACCUGAUAUGACUGCCAAGAGGGGGAUGACAGAUGACACGAAUCCUCCAAUGCCCCUCAAGAGAAUGGUUUUGGAAAUGCCGAAGUAUUUACGGCUUGUAGUUUGGGAUAACACCGAGUGUUCAUUAAUUUCUCAACGUAAGCCAAGGAAAACAGGGGGACAUAAACCGCCCUGUAAAAUUAAUCUACCGACCCUUCUUCUUCAUUUAGGUAUUUUAUUUCUUGAACAGCCGCACGAUUUAACUGUGAAGUGAGAUUUGACAGUCAUUGACAUUUUGCUAUUAAUUGUAGGGGUUAGACAGAACAACUGAAAUAUCUUAUCCCAAAUCGUAUAGUAAAAGCAAGCUAACUUAAGUGAACGUUGUUCAAAUAGAAGUUACAAUUGGUCGCCCAGAUUUACCAUUUUUAAAAAACACGCAAACGUCUCUCGCUCAGAAGCUGUAAUCCAAUGAUAAGAAUAAAACAUUACUCUAAGUCGUCAGCGAGAUGGUCGAGUUUCUUUAUAAUAGAAACGCACAACUUAUGCGAUUUUAAUCAACAGCUGUUUUCAAAUUUUUCGGGGUUCCACGAAAUGAUCACCUGCCGUAAAUAUAAAAUUGUUCAACAAAGACUCGUUUUUAGACAUGAUGGAACACGAUAAUAGGAUAUCGGUGCGCCAACACGUGUACAAGGCCCCAACAACGAACCGGUUUGUAUUCAUAACGUGUGAAUUGACGGUUGGAGAUCAGAAAGGCUACAUGACGCACCUGAUUGACUUCGGCAGAAAAGGUAAGUGCGAACUGUAGAUAAUUAAGAAUUCUGAAGCUGCGAAUUGCCUAAAACCCUGGAGAAAUUAUUUCGACUGCGUAUGAGAAAUAUGUGCGCAAAUCAAAAAUUCAAGACGGUAGAAAACUGCACAUAACUUAAUAGGCGGCUCUAUUAUACCGCAUGGCUAGUUUCAAGUCCUUCAACGUUUUGUGUAGAUGGCAUUUUUCGGAAAACCAAAUAGAUUCCCUCCAAGUAAAUUUCCUCGCGUAGAUUAAAAGAUGACCAAAAUCAAAUUUUAUAAAAUAACGGAGUUUGAGAAAUGGUUUGAGGUCGUGGGAGGCAAUUGUUAUUAGCAGUGCACCGCCUGCAUUGCCCUGCAAAUGGGUGUUAAGAUAAAAACCUCAUACGGCACGGUCCACAAUCUCCCAACAGCCAAGUGGGGUCCUUCACCCUAUCGUUGCUAUUUUUAACUCUGCAAUUUUAAAGACCUCGAAAUGCCUUGUAAUAAAACAUCGUGACUCUGCUUUUACCAAUGUUGCUUGUGAAGUUUACAGCAAGACUAAAAUCCACUGCUAAAUUUCACGAACCCUAUAUGGUCUCCUCUGGAUAGCCAGUAGAAACAUAUGCUUUUUGUACACGGAAAAUAUACAACUUGUAGUUUGAAAACCCUGAUUGCAAGUAUAACGUUUAGUUAGGUUCGAAAUUAGUUGGAUAUUAGAAGUGUUUUUUAAACUAAAAUAUUCCCUUGUAUAACACUUGGAGAAGACGCUGUUGUCUUCUAAACGAGAAGGUGGAUAAAUAUUGUUAUGCAUUUUGUCUACUAAAUAUAUUUGAAUUAAUAAGCUCUUCGAAAAUUAAUAAGAAAAACUCUUGCUGUUACAGUAGUCGUCUUCUACAGAACGUGACUUUUGUAGGCGGUAGUCUGGUUUGGCGGACGGUGUGCAGCUGCCAAUGAAAGUGGCCGGGCGCACUUAAUAGAUAUAUUUGAGGAUGAAAAUUCCACCUCUGCUCCUCGGAGACGAUGGUAAAGUUGCAGCUAACAUAGAGAAUGAGCCCUCCCUUGUCUCCUAUCUCUUUAAUACGGUGUGAUAACUUCUGAGUGGUACUUUAGGUUCUUCAGAAGGCUCAGAAGGCCAUGUUUCCACCUUGUGCUCUACUUUUCGAGAAAUCUGGUGUGCAACUGUCAGCGGUCCAGUUUUAUUUACCUUCAGACUGAAGAUUGCGGUUUUUUUAAUUCUUUCAUGUGUUGAAACGUUCUCUGAAUGUGAAUAUCUCUUGCAUUUCUAAAGUUUUCUAGAAACUCUUAUUUGGCGUGCGGUAAACGCCUCCGUUGUGUGUUGCGCAAUCCUGUCGAAGUCAAUAUUGCAUGCAGGGAGUUCAUAAACCUACAUUGACUAGUUACUUUGCUUUAAACCAAUUCUCAACAAGUUGGCGGGUUAAGAGUUUUUUUGAAAAUAAGCAUAGAAAUUAUUACAACCGAUUCACAAAAACCAUUUAGAGAGCCCUAUUCAUUGAUCCACCUUCCAAACGAAAUCGGAUAUUUUCGCCUUUAUUUUAACGAAAUGAGGACAAAGUAUGCGAAGAUUAUUAAAAUGCUUGGGUUCCGGUAAACAUCCGUAACCACUGAUGACUGCUAGAUUAUUUUUUCAAAAGUAUUUUUCAUUUCAGAUGCCUACGAAAUAGGUAAGUUUCCAGAAACCAGUCGUUUAGGUUCAUGUUCCCCAAAAUUGUUGAAAAAAAGAUAUUACAAAGUCUCAAUGCUCGCACUUCUGAGUUAAUCUCCAAUGAGUUUUUAGUCGUGUAUAUAUUAUUAUUACCAAGGAACUGUUUGCCUUGGUCUGCUUAAUUGAGUUAAAUUUGUCGGAGCACUGAGCUCGUUGGAUUGACUAUUUACCUUCAAUUUUGCUGGCUAUGCACUGUAUUGUGUCUCAUUUGACUACUGUAUUGUUUUCUUUAGUACUCAAGGUGGUGUCGGAUAUUGUGAAAUAUUUUUUUAAUUUAACCCUCAGUCUUUAACGGCCGGAUUCCACCAGUCAUGCAAAAUAUCAAUGUUAAAAAUGGCCACCUUAUGAACUAAUUAUUCUAGACAGUAGCCGGCUGUUGCGCAAAAAGUUGUACUUUAUCAUACUCUUUAACGAAAAUUCCAACUUAUUUAGUCUGUCUUCUAAGAAAUAUGAUAUAGUUCACUGCUCACUUUUACUACGCAAAAUUUUUUUUAAAAAAUGUCUUAUAAGUAACUCAAGAACCCCUUGGAUUCCAUAUCUCAAAACCCCGUUAACCGAUAGAUUAGCGUGCAGUCUGUGAAAAUUUUGCAAACCAGGGAAGUAACUCCGGUGAUUUUAAAAAACCACUAAUAUUUCAGUAGAAUACCUAAUUGCAUUCCAGUUUUAUUUUAAAUAUUUGCGUAUCAUUUUAUUUUUAACAAAUUCUUUUAAUUCCUCUAACUAAUAUUCCAAUUUAGGCAAAGAAGACAUCGAUGGUAAGUCAUCGCCAGACUAAAUUUGGAAGGAGAAAUAUGCCAUCUGUAUGUCGUUAUUAUUAAAAAUACUGAAGGAGAAACGAUUAAAGUAAAUGCAAGAGCAACAUCUUUUUUGUCUAUAAUGUACCUUUUUUAUUAUCAUAUUUUCUCCUUCUACUGGCAGCCGUUACGAUUUACACAGUGUCUUUUUCUUUUCGCUUUCAUGGUACUCUUGUAAUACGAUGGACAUUUAAAAAAUACUCUGUAAACUCGUAAAAGCUUGUUCACCUGUAAGGAUCUGCGGGGAAGAAAUCAACAGUUUUAAUGAUUCAGUUAUAUGGCUUGUAGAAACAUGGGCCCAUCUCGGCCUCGUUUACAACGGGACCUACCAAAGCAAAUCAGGCGCGGACCACUUUUAUGCCUUCAUGGAUUUCGAGCCGAAGGUAGGCCCCAAAUUUAAAAAUUCAGUUGCUGUCUGUUGCUGUGUGCUGACUUUCUAGGAAAUGAACUCGGAUACUGAGGCACUCAUUUUAAAAGAUAAUCUCCAAAUUCCGACAACAGACGCGUCUGUACUGAAGACAUCAUUAAGCCAAAACAAUAUGUAUAAACGCGCAUACACUUUAUUUGGAGCGAAUUAAAACCUCACCGGAGAAAAUGUCUUACUAACAAAAUACAGGUGCAGGAGGGCCAACGUCUAGUUGGCCGCUCGUUAGCAUUUAUCCAACUUGGAAGGAAAAGAGUACUCUGCCAUCCGGAUCAAAGGAGAGAGAAUUUUUUCGUCAUUAAACACUGAUUUUGAGAGAUUUGGAACUCGUUAGAUGCGGUCGUCACCCGGUUCACAACUGAUUUCCUAAUUUGGCACAAAAUGUCUUCGCAUUCUAAGAGGGAUGUACUGAAAGUCUUUACGUGUAAUAGGUGCGCUCUCUCAUGAAAUUUCAACAGAAAUUUCGAAAUUCGCUUUCAACUUGAAAAGGCCACUUGGGUAGGAUUGUAGUAUUGAUUAUCCUUUAGCAUAAUCCAAUGAGAUUUCAGUCGUCCUUAGAAUGAGCUCCUUUCUGACUGUCGGAAAGAACUGCAUUUUGCAAAAAGGCUACAUAAGUGCUUUGGAUUUUUCCAAUUGAUCUUCGGUGUCUAUAUAAAUUCAAUUAUAUUUGAUAAACGACAUGCAUAAAAGCGUCCUUCUAAUAGUGAAUAACGUCUUUUAUCAAAUUUAACAAUCGAAGAUAGGUAUCAUUCGACUUCAAAAAAUUCCUAAUUAUGAUGUUCUUAAGACCGUGAAAUUUCCAUUCACACAACAUCAUAUUGGCACGCUUAACAUUGCUUCUUAUAAAGCACACGACUUGAUCCAUAUCCAAUGGACAACUCUACAGUAGGUGGGCUAACUCAUGAAAUGUCGACCGAAAUCCCGAAAUGCAUUUUCGUUUCGAAAAGAUUAAUUGAGUGGGGUUGUAAAAAUAGUUAGCCUGCAACAUGAUUCCAUAAUAAUUCGGUUACCUCAGAAUGCCGGCUUUCGAACGAACUUCCUUCCGGCUGCAUGCAAAAGCUACAAUCUGCAAAAAAUGACCACUUGCUUAGCAUGAAUUUUCCCUGCUCGAUUUCCGAUGCCCUAAAAGUCCAAUUAUAUUUCAUGGAAAACAUGCAUACAAAAUGCAUUCUUUCGCUCAUUCGGUAGCAAAUGACGUCUUCUUCCAAUCUAAUACUCGACGAAGGGACAUAAUUCGGUUUUUAAUAACUUUUCCAAUUCCCGAAUAAUUUUGAACCCGCUCUACCGUUACGCUUGGAUUCAGGGUUACCAAACAACAAGCCGUUUAUUUUCCGCGUACGUAAAACCACACAUUUCUCUAAGCUAGUAAAGGGGGACCAUAUAGGGUUCAUAAAAUUUAGUAGUGGAUUUAAUCCAUGUUGUUAACUUUACGAGCCAUAUUGUUAAAUGCAGAGGCAUGACGAUUUAUGAACGGCCAUAUGACGGUACUUAAAAGUCCCGCAAUCAGAAGCUUUAUUAAAACCGACUCAUGUACCUCCUUCGAGUAUAAAAUUAAAAGAAGACGUAAUUGUCUACCGAAUGAGCAAUAGAAUGAAUAUUUUUAUGAAUGUUUUUCGUCAAAUAUAACUGGACGUUUAGGGCAUCGAAACUCGAGGAGGAAAAUUCAUGCUAAUUAAGUAGUCAUUUUUACAGAGCGGUGUUUUUGUACGCAGCCGGAAGGAAGUUUGUUCGAAAGCCGGCAUCCUGAGGUAACUGAAAUAUUAUGGAAUCAUGUUGCAGGCUAACUAUUUUUACAACCCCAUUUAAUUAAUCUUCUCAAAACGGAAACGCAUUUCGGAAUUUCGGCCGACAUUUCCUGCGUUAUAACGCCUACCGUACUUAAAAGAGCUUUUGAACUACAUUUGUUUAUGAAUGUCCACAAACUCUGUCUUUUUUAUGUGAUGAAUCUCGGAAAGUAUUUGCAGUUUCCUGAUAUAUGUCAAACAAAUUUUCUGCUGCAGACGGAAAAUCUUAUUCUCAUCCUUGUAUUGCAGCCAUUUUUUGUCUAAAUUCUGUAUUGCGUACAACCAAAAACUAUGCUGCACAAUAGAUAUCUUUCAAUAUGCUCGAAAUUUAAAAUUAUUGUUUGACGAUAGUCAAGUUGAUGGUUUUUAAAAUGUAUCCGCAAAUGACAAGAUAAUAUCAAUGUGGUUACACAUAAGACUGCCUGCGGGCGUUAUUACUGCGAUUCAGAGGACGAAAUCACAUAGACGUCUAAAGGCUACUUUUAAAAAUCGAUAAAAUUGUCUGGUUUUCUAAAAGUAACAGGUUUGUUUAAAACCUGCUUUACAUGGCUUACGCAAGACAAAAAAUCAAUUUUAAAUUACGAUUACGUUGGUAUGCUAAAACUGCCGAAGUUAAAUUACUCUCUUCUGAAAGAAAAACAAGCCCAGAUGAAUCGACCAUGUCUAGGACAGCUAUCAACGUAGGAGAUUUCCGGAACAUAGGCUGGCGUAAAUGCCUGCUUAAAUUUGCAAACAUUUUGCUUGAUCAAAUUACCUUAACACGUAUUUCGCACUAAAAGGGCGCUUUCCCGAAGGAGCUGGGCGAACAAGCACAGUGAAGGAUGUAUAAAGGGUUAAAAAUUAUCAACUCUGCCCCAGUAUUCGGGAUUUUUGAGUAAGAUCGCGCGGAGUAGUUAACGUUCCGUAUGAGAUAACCAUCACAGACAACAUCGAACGUCUUGAUUCAUCUUCUUUUAAAACUUUAAGGAGGUAGAAUGUAAAGAGUAAGAACAGUGAUCAGAAUGUCAAGGACUAAUUUCUCAUGCUUUUGUUUUGUGAAUUUUGCAGUAUUUCAGGUGGUUUUAUCGCAUGGACGGUGAAAGUUGCAUUAUCAGCACACACAAUUUUACGUGCAAGAUUCGAAAAGGUUGGUGAUAAAAAUAUGUUAGUUUAAUAUGUAUGUAUGCAUAGAAUCUGCUAACAGUGCGUCUUUCGGAAUUUUCCCUCGGACCAAAUCAAGUAUUUUGACUGCUGACAGUAUAUCGUCAAAUUAUUCUCUAUGCCACCUAUAUUGAUGCCUAGUUUACUGAAUCGCUUAGGUCAUUUAUGUUUUAUCCAAUGCGUGUUCCUGUUUUGCGUUUCUUUUCGGUGUCAAGUGGUGCUUGCCAUCGAGCGCAAGUAAAAUUUGUUGCAUAUUUUUUCGUCAUCAUUGACCGAUAUUACAAACUCAGAGCAGCUCCCGAGAUUCAGUUGACGUUAGUAAGCCGGUAGGCUUUAAAGUCAAAAGCUUUUCCGCCUGAACUAAGGGCCCCAUAUCCGGUCGACUGGGAUCAGAAAUGUCUGAGGUCACAUGUAGUUAAGUUUAACGAAUUUCUCCGUAUUUGCUGAACGAAAAAUAUCAUAUUCGCUUCUGGAAUAUUCCGGGUGCAGAAAGCACAAAAUAUGUCCGGGUCUGUCAAGUCAUCCUACUUGUUUUAACAAAAACUGGCAAUGCGGGCUUGCGUUGCAGCCAGUAAACUCUAUUGACAGCAUAAGUCUGAUUAUUAUUCUUCCAAACAGUUGUUGGAUCAUCCUUCUGGCGCGUGGAGAUCAGAUCACCCGAAGCUCUAACGGCAAGCGAGCUGUCAUUUCAGGACUCAAAGCCUUACCCUUCAAGACAGUACACUAUAUACAGCACUCCUUUCGCUGACAAGACCAAAGGUAAGUGAUUUCUUAAACAUAUCCAUAUUUUUUCUUCAAUAAAUCAGCACUCAUGCUGCAAUAUGCGUGUUAUUUAUUAUUGUUUUUGACCUGCCACAUCUCGUUAGUAUAGACAGGCAAUUGGUGGUGUGUGGAGAUCGAAGAACAAUCGCCUGAGAAGUGUCCUUGGGGUUUCAUGCAUUCCGCUUUUCUUCCAGAUCAUAUAUUCUAGACACCAGGGAUGGGAAAAUUUUACGUGAUGCCAGCGCCUUAUGAGGUAUUCGGUAGAUAAUUUUAGACAACGUUCUGGGAUAGACUGAUCAAGGUAGAAGAAGCUCGAGCACUUGGAACGCGGUAGAUUUCAAAAAGAGUAAAAGUCAAAACAAAAACCGAACUUUCCAUCCCGGAGACCAAGAAUUUUUAUUUUGCCAAAGCGGUUCAAAAAGAUACUUUAGAAAAUCAUUUGAUCAACCACUUGUGUUGAACUACUUCACGUAUAAAGACCAUUUUGACGGAUCAUUAUUUAGACUAGACUGUGAAGCUUAUUGGUAUAGCAGAAUUAGCUGUCCAAAGCCUGUCGGGAGGAAUCUUUAGGGACCACGUGUGAGAUUUAAAACUUUUGAAACCGAACAAAAAAGUUUAAAGUCUCAAAAUAAACGUUUCUGAAAAACGACCCUAAAAAUGAAAACCUACUUGCAUCAAAUACCGCAUUUAAAAGCCAUUUCACUUUACAGUGGAAAUAAUACAUGUAAGGGACGAUAGUGCUGAACAUUUUGAAUUUAUUAUUUCAAAAUAGAGCGAAUUUCUCUCUCUCUCUCUCUCUGAUACAACAUGACUGCACUUCUCACACUCCAACAAUCAAGUGAAUAGCGCACAUUGCAUGGAAGGAUUUUGUGAUCUAGCCUUACUAUAGUAACUGGAUGAAAGUUCGACACUUACUGAUGCAGCCCAUAUUUCGCGAUUUCUACUGAAGCAUGUUAGUAGAAAGAUUUUUCUGGGAAAAGUGACAGAAUUCCGCGUAGGAACGUGCUUUGGAGAAUGCUGGCUCUUUAUUAGGUAGCCGGCGUCAUUUGGUAUGCGUUGAGUCAAAUGCUGAACCCAGGUUGUCAUCCAUGUGCGUUGACCUGAAAAUGUGUGAUUAGGUAGCUGAGUGAGGUCAAAAACUUGCUUCAUGUUUAGAUCAUGUUGCAGAAACGAGCGAACGAGUCGACUAAUUCCCGUUAUUUCCUUCUAUGUGGGCUGGGAUGGACUGGGCCCCUCUAUCGAAAUCCCAACCGUUGGCACCGACACUUGGACGGGUGUUGGUUCUUUGUAAUUCCCAGGAACAACAAAAUGGUCUCAAUGAUACUUUGUUAAUAAAUUAUUACGAAAUGUGGUCCUGUAGCCCAAACUAACCUUUCCACGGGUCGUUUGGACUCAACUUAUGAACAUGUAUGUGUUUUGCCAAAGUAAUUACCGUGUCCCUCCAAUGUUUUCGAUAGAUAUUUUGUCCAUUGUUUAGCAAAGAACUCGCAUGGAACUUGUGAACAAAUCAAAAUUCCUAAAUGCAAACCUCUUCAAGCGAUUGUAUUUCAAGUGAAGUCUUAAUUCUGUUUAUAAGGACUACUAUCGUCGAUCGAGCAGUAUGUUUUAUGCCGUAUUUAACAAAGACCACACGCAAAGCUAAAGUGUGCCUUUCUGUUAGGUCGCUUCCUCCUCGAACUCUCUCAGCCUUUUGUCCACCACGCAACAAACUGCUCAACUAUCUCGAUCAAAUGUGCUUUUGAGCACACGGAGGAAGGUGAACACGUUCGGGUAUGCCUAUGUUAAUUAAUUAGAACGAGGAUUUUAUAAAUACUUGACAAACGAACUACGCAGUCGCGAUUGCAUAAAUCGGCCAAAAGACCCUUUUUUCAUGAGACUAUUUAUUACUCUUGGGCAGGUAUACGACAAAUCUCAAUUAUUCACGGGAUUUUGCAAUAAAUAUGGAUCAUUCGCAUGGAAACAUGGAUAUAAAUAUGCUGAAAUAUUUUACCAACCUGAAUUAAAACAGUCACCUUUGUGCAAGUAUAAACCAACACACACCAGCACAUUUUAAUGAUCUAUAUCACUUUUGCGCCUGGCGUUUUCGCCUCCCGUGAAUUUAAGAAGAACCACUUUUCCAAUUAAAAUAUCGAAGACGACACGGAGUCUUGAAGCCUAAAAGUGUGUAAAAAUCGUCUUGUUGGGACAUGGAUUGCCAAUAAACUAAGUCUUGUCAAACGAUAAGGUUUAUGCUAUGCCGCCUUAUGAAAAGUUAAUUGGGAUUCUGAAGUGUAUCUUCAGUUCGAGAAGAUUCCAUAAGUAUGGGUGUCAUAGUAAGUAUCUCGCCGCAAAACUUUAAGAUAAUCCAGUCGGCUUCCGUACCAGUUUCUUAUCAACCGCUUGCAUAAUCUAUUUUCGGCGAAAGAUGACUGCCUAAAUGGCAUGGAUUUCUCCCACUAAUAUUUGAUAUCCUUAUAAACACAUGCAAAAAAUAUUCUUCUUAGGCUCGACUGUUAGCAAAUCACGCCUUUUUAAAAUUUUACACUUGAAGAAAGAGUAUAUUUCGGUUUUGAAAGCUUUCUCAAUCCCCGAAUAAUUUUGGUCUCAAUCUGCCAUCACACUUGAAUUCAGGGUUUCCGAACUUCAAGCUGUAUACCUUUUGUGUGAAUAAAAGUCAUAGAUUUCUAUAUACUGUUAAGAAGAAAACACAAAGGAUUCAUGAAACUUUGCAAUGACUCUGGACGGCAUUGUCUACUUUAUAAAUAACAACAAUAAAUGAACUGACGCGGUGCUGUACAACCGGACAUUUCUCGCUCCUGUAAAAGCCCUUACUGAGAAAACCUUUUAUAACCAAAGGGAAUUCGUCCUUCAAGGAUAUAGUUUAAAGAAUAUGCCGUGUGCUAUCAAACGAGUAAAAAAGGAUUAAUUUUGAGCAUGUUUUCAAUAAAAUAUAUUCCAAUUUAUUAAGACCUCGAAAAUCAAUGAGGGGGGCUUCACGCUAUAUAUGCAAUCAUUUUUUACAAAAAAGUAAUUAUUGUAGGCAGCCGAUAAGGAACCCCUUCAAAAAACGGCAUCCUGGCGUGACUAAAUUAUAUUUAAAUUGUACGACACGCUAAUUGGCAUGAAAACCACACUUAAGUCAUCCUUUAUAGUUGAAAAAGCACUUGAAAAUUUCAAUUAACACUUUAUGAGAUAGCAAAUGUACUGUCAUAUUGGACUAACCCAGAUUAGCUUCCUUACGUGUGUGUUUGAAAUGUGUAAUAACUGGUAGCCGUACCCCUCUCCCCAGCUGCUAUGCAGUUUUACUAGCCUUCUUCGUCAAAUUAGCUUAUUAUCAGUACGGAAAAUAAACUCAAGCUGGGAAACGUUCUUCGGUCGUUUUGACAGGAGAAAAUGAAAACACUCAUUUCCCUCCCCUCCGUGACAAAACAACAGCUGGGUGCCUCGCGCCUCAUCACACCAGGAUUACACAAUGUCCUUGAUAGUUCUGCUGAAUAUCGUCACUCUGCGACAUUCUGAUCUCUUUCCACAUAGCAUGCUUCUCCAUCCUUCUUUUGCUAGGACGAUCAUGGUCUCUACAAGCGAGUGCUAGGUCAUGACGCUUAUACGUUAGCGACGCACAUCCAAGUCGCGGUCUGCGCGUUGCCAGAUGUGGCGUCCGGUUCACUCGAGUUGUCUUGUCAUCUGCCUCCCCGCUUCUCUGAUGUGGUUGUGCUUUAUGUGCUGUUGGCAGCAGGUCCCUCCAGACGGUCAACAGUUCUUUAAGCGGACUAGACAGAACAUAAAAUACUCCCGAAGCGAUUUACGAGGCCAGGUCGCAAAGUAGACGUGCGUAUGAACACUUAUAUAGAGAAAGAAAUAAAGAGAUCUAUCAACGCUGUUACAAAACCCUCCAUAACUCCAUCAGGGGUUAGCGGUGCGCAGAACUUACGAACCUCCAGUAGCGUGCAUUCGACAUGUAGCAGGGCAAUGUUGAUCUGAUGGCGAGAUGCAGACUUGCGACCUGUGCCCAAAUAACAAGGCAGCCAGUGAUUGCAACACUUACCCAAUCAUUGUGAUGUCCCUUUUCAUCGAUCAUACUGACGGACACCAAGUAACCCACACAGAUAAUUCAUGAGACCGAAAGCAAGACGAUGUCCACCGUUCGCUGCAGGGUAUAGUGGACAUAGGGUGGCAAUUUGCAUCCACUUACCGACUUCCGCAUCAUCUCUCACCCUCCAGAGUCCGGUGGGAAGACACAGUCAGGGCUCUACCGCAGACGGGUUUGGACGCAACGACCGACAAAGCUAAACUGCCCGUCUGUGUGUGCCACAGAAGAACUGGCCCGACCACAGUGGGCCGACUUGCGACAGAACAAAAGGGGACGACUUGUAUCCCACCUGAGUGGGAGUGCGCUAGAGACCAUUUUCAGAAAAAAGUCAUUGCCGCCUUGCUGUCCGUCCUUACAGUAGGACUGAAUUAGUCUGCUAGGUCCGUCAUGGUAGAUUCAAGCGUCUCAGACGUUAUAGUGCAAAAUGCGCUGAAGUGCUGUGGGGACUCGACUGCAACCUCUCAUCUACCUCUCAGACAUCAUUUCGCUGUCCGUACCUGUCAGCUAUCUGGUGCUCUAACUGGACGUAAAUGCAUGGCGCGUCAUGAAACCUGCGCCUAGGCGUGCAACCACAGCCCCCUAAAUUUAGCACUUUUUAUAGGAUAUGCAGCCCGACUAAUGCGUGCCCCGUCCGAUCCUGCCUCCUUGUGCUGGUCCGGCGUAUCUCUUGUGUGUCCCGUUGCGGGAACACUCGAGUGACCCGAGAGCUACCUGCCAUGUCAUUAAAAGCCACAUGUCAUCAUUCGUGCCAUCCUGUGUUAGUGAGAUGGAAGACCUGGUCAUAACUGUAGCGGCGUUCGAAACAGCACACCAAGACAAUGUAGAUGAGGGAUCCUCUGCCUCUGAUAACCGGCCAAUUUCCGACGUCCACAUGACAGUUCGACCGUCGGUUUCGCCGAUGUCCACCGUGUGCUGCACCAGGAGGGUGGGGCAGGGACGGUGACUUGUGCGAAAAUUUAGUUUAGAGUGAUAGUAGACUUGCGCAGUAUCUGUCGCACUCUCUUCUCCUCCCCUAUCUGGACCCGUUGUUAAAACAAAUUCAAGGAGACCAGAGGCAGGGGGUGGCACAGGUGGAUGGCGCGGCCUAACCCGCACCUUGACGUUCCACUCCACACCCCCUGGUCCACAGAACAAAUGACCAGGUCCUUGAUUAACAGCAACAAUGGGUGGUGGCGGGGGCCCAGCGUGCGCGACGUACGCCGGCAACCGGGUCCGCCACCGCACCCCAAAACGCAGGCAUUUGUUACGGUGCGCAAAGCCGAUAACGCCUGCCAGAAUCCGAUAUGCUCCCCCCGUGUUGGUCCAGCGCAACUACCACAUGGCCCGUUUGGGGUGCACUUCCACUCACCCCCCCACACAAACAUACACGACGGCUCGACCGUCGGCUUCGACGGUGCUCCAAAUUAGAGGGAGUGCAGCGAUGGUGCCUUGCGCGUGAGUUAGUUUGAAGUAGCAAUAGGCUUGCGCCGCAUCUACUGCACUACGGCAACCAGGUCCGUAGUCAAACCCCGAACUUUUGGCAUUUGUUACGGUGCGCAAAGCCGAUAACGCCUACCAGAGUUCAAUAUGGACCUCGUGUUAGCCCAGCGCAUCUACUACGUGGCCCGUUUGGGGGGCACCAACGUCGUCAUACAACUUGACUGACAAACACGCCUAAAGUCAAGGUGGCGAAGCACAAGAGCUUGCUCACGUAUGAGUCGGUAUGAGACAGUAUGAGACUGUCACUGAGGUCAUUAUUAGUUGAAUCGAUUUACAUUGGAACUCUCUGUGUGAGGGGACACUUUUUAACAUAAUUCUCCUAUUCCGUUGUAGUUCAAGGUUCACACAAAAUACCGGACGAUAUGUGGAAUCGGCCACCGAGACCUGCCUCCUUGUAGUGAGUGCUUUGAGUUUGCUACGCAAACCUUUGUCAGAGCAUCAGUGACCCUUCUAAUUAUCUAACCUCGUUUAUUCUCCAGAAAAGGUGGUUUUCGACACCGAGGCUGGUACUGUUACGGUGACUGCUGAUGUUUACAGGGGAGACAUUAAUGGGGAGCGAUAUGGGAUUUUUACUUGUCAAUCCAAAGACCUUGAGGAUCUCCAUCACCUGGUUGAUUUCGGACCCGAAAACGCCGCAGAAUAGGUAAACACUUGGAAAAAGGGUGUAUAAUUAGCGUUAUCAGUUUAGUGCCUAUUGGUAAUUUAUUCCAUAAUCCUGUCUUCAGCCAUCUUCAGAAAGUUUUGGGUUUGUUCAACAUUCCUCAACAAAUUCUGCUAUGA